AUGUGGGGCGCUUGUGUAUGGCGAGUGGGAGGCGUGGCUGCAGAUAGCAUUGCGCUCGGAGGAAUAAGUUGCACGCGUGCAGGACACUCAAAAUCCGUCAUUAGUUUCGCUGGUGAACGCGUGCUCUCACCUCAAUUGGCUGUGACCCAGGAGAAGGUCCCUGGGGCAGAGUUUGUGCUCAACACUCGCUUCCAUAUCCUCUUUGUCCGAGGAAGCAAGGACUUGAAGCAAAAAGUGGAGGAUAUAAUUCUUGAGGUGGCUCAAUCUUUGAGCGGUAGGCUGGCUGAGCUGCCCAUCGGAGAAGUCACAUGCCCGAUUUGCUUGUGUGAGGUGGAGGACUGCUACCGGCUUGAAGCUUGCGGGCAUGAGUUCUGCCGGAUGUGCUUGGUGGACCAGUUUGAGUCUGCCAUAAAGAGCCACGAUGGGUUCCCCCUGUGCUGUGCUUCUGAGGGGUGCAGGAGGCAUAUCCUGCUUGUGGAUUUGAGGAGUCUACUGCCACCUGAUAAGUUGGAGGAUCUUUUCAGGGCAUCUCUCGGGGCAUUUGUGGCAGCGAGCGGUGGGGCUUACAGAUUUUGCCCGUCGCCCGACUGCCCCGCAGUCUAUCAGGUGGCAGAUCCAGAAGCAGCAGCUGAGCAACCGCCAUUUGCCUGCGGUGCCUGCUUUGUCGAGACGUGCAGGAAGUGUCAUUUGGAGUACCAUCCUUCGAUAACUUGUGAGAGGUAUAGGGAGUUCAAGGAAGACCCGGACACGUCAUUGAUGGAGUGGCGGAAGGGUAAGGACCAUGUAAAGAACUGCCCCAUGUGUGGCUACACAAUUGAGAAGGCAGAGGGCUGUAACCAUAUAGAAUGCAGGUGUGGCAGACACAUUUGCUGGGUCUGUUUGGAGUACUUCCUUAGCAGUGAUGAAUGUUAUGGGCACUUGAGAAACAUACACCUAGCUAUUAUAUAA